UUUGCAGCGUCCCUAAUGACACUUCCCAAGACAACAGAGUAGAGAACUGUUUAAGCAAGGUCGAAAGUAGGACAGCAAUAAAGACUUUGUGCUUUAUGCUGGUCCAAAGGUAUUGUUUUCUUACUUUCGAGCCCUUGGCUUUUAGAAACGUCACAGGUCAAUAACAGUAGAGUGCUUUGCACGUCCUAGCCGUAUUUUUGUGCGGACAGUGAUAGCAUUUAGCUUGUUUAGCAGUCAUCAUGGCUAUGGUGGGGCUGAGAGCUUCUUACCACAGAAUCCUCGACAGGAUCGAGCACAUGCUGCCGGCUAAGCUACGACCUAUUUAUAAUCACCCUGCAGGUCCAAAGACUGUGUUUUUCUGGGCACCAAUGUUUAAAUGGGGUCUGGUCAUGGCUGGUUUGGCAGAUAUGACACGUCCAGCUGAUAAACUCAGUACAUCCCAGUCUGCUGUAUUGACAGCUACAGGUUUAGUUUGGUCCAGGUAUUCCCUGGUUAUAAUUCCCAAGAACUGGAACCUAUUUGCUGUAAACUUCUUUGUAGGAGGUGCAGGAGGCUCACAACUGUACAGAAUAUGGCAGUAUAAUCGGGAACAGAAGGAAAAGGAGAAGGCUGAACAGGCUUGAUAGCACUGCUGCAUAUAAAGUGCAUCCAGAGGACCCAAAGGGACUCUCACUGACUGGUACCCUAGAAACCUCCCACCGUCAUCCUUCGAGCCUCUUCAGUUUUUUUUCAUAAACAGAUAAAACAGUUGUUUUAGAGUUCAGAGCCCAUCAUUGUACUGUGCCACUGGCCUCAUGGCAACAAUUACGGUUGUUAACAACGCACAACAUGUUACAUAUUCAUAUUAGUAUGAUUGUAUGUUUUUUUAAAUGCUUUGUCUUGAUUAAGAUGCGUUUUUAUGUAACAUGAUUUAAAGCUUUCCGUUACUUCCUGGGUGAACUUGUAUACCCAGCCUAUGACGUACUGUUAAAGGAAUGUCUCUGAAUAAAUUUUUAAAAGGUCUCUUUCAUUACAUGUAUUUCUUAGGAAAUAUUUAUUAAACAACUGCAACAAAUUGAUUUUUGUUUUAGUUUUUUGACUUCUCAGUCAUAUCAUGAGUAACAAUCAAUUCACUUAAGAUUGUUUUUAUUUUUUUAAGACCAUACAUCAUGAAAUACGCUGAACUGUACUGUAAUGUUUUAACUUUUUAAUUCACGCUAAAAUAAAGUAACAUGAAAAGUUAGCUUACUAGUUUGAAAUAGGUCUGUACAUUCACUGUGCAUCUUCUGUAUCCUACAUUUUAAAUAAACAAAAUGUGUCUCAAA